GAGAAUCACGUGGUGUGUGUGGGAGGACCCGGUGGAUAUAAGGAACGCCCCAUUCUGCUGUCAGUCACUACCAGGGAGGACCAGACAGAACCAGCACCAGUAUAUACUCUGUAUACUUUCUGUUUAACACAGUACCCUGCUGAGGACCCUAGCGAUCAACAACAAGGACGAACAACCACUGACACACGAUGGCCCAGUGGCAGGACCUGCUGAGACUGGACUCAGCCCUCCAGGCCCGGGUGAGCCAGCUGUAUGAGAGGAAGUUCAGAGAGAUCCGCCACUAUCUGUGCGUCUGCAUAGAGAACCAGGACUGGGAUUUGGCGGCUGUGGAUGAAAAUAAAGCAAGCACGUGUUUCCGUGCACUCCUGUUGUAUUUGGAUGAACAAUGGAACCGUUCUGUUCAGGAGAACAACAUUUUGCAGGGACCUGAUUUUCCAGGAAUGAAAGACUACUUGCUGACAAACUUUGAAAAUGAGCCAAAGAACUUGGCCGUAACCCUCUCUGAAUGCCUAAGGGAGGAGAAGAAAAUCCUGGCUUCAGCCUCUGAAGCACAGGGUUGUGGCAUUCCAGCCGUGGAUCAAAAAUGGAAAGAGUUGGACAACAAAGUCAAUGAACUGAAACGACAGACUUCGGAGGUGAAGAAGGAAAUGAAGUCACUGGAGUUCCUAAAUGAAAAUCUUGACUUCAUACAGAAGAACUGGCAAAGCCGAGUGGAGCAGCACGAUGGAUUGGCCCAGUCCCAUGCUGUCGUGGAAGAGGAAUUUCUUAAGAGGACCAACUUUAUCACACAAACAAAGCAGAUAGUGCUGCAGCAGAUAGUGAACAUUUUAAACCUGGCACAGCAGAUCGUGGCGACUCUCACAGACGUGGAGCUGCCUGAGUGGAAACGCAGGCAGCAGAUGGCCUGCAUUGGAAGUCCAGUUGACACCCGUCUGGACCAUCUCCAGAAGUGGUUCACGACUGUGGCAGAGGUGCUACUACGAGUUCGCGAACAGCUGCAGAAACUGCUAGACCAGAACAAUAAAUACAACAGCACUGAUGCCUCCAGCCUCCCUGGUCCCGUGGCAGAAAUUGAAAAAUUCACACUGUCCUUGUUCACAAAACUUCUUGCAAAUGCUCUCGUGGUUGAGAAACAACCUAUCAUGUCGACUUUACCACAAAGACCUCUAAUAAUUAAGACCGCGGUGCGGUUCACAAUGACAGUGAGGUUCUUAGCAAACAUCCCAGAAUUCAAGUGCCUGCUCAAAGUCAAACCUGUAUUUGACAAGGAUGUUGAAGAAGCCAAGACACUUAAAGGGUUCCGUCACUUUGACCUCAACAAGAAUGAGUGUAAGGUGUUGGACGUGGACACGCCCUCUGGAGGCUUGGUGGCAGAAUUUGGUCACGUGUCACUCAAGGAAACCAAAGCAAGAGCCAAAGGAUAUGAGUGUCGUCUGAUAGUCACUGAAGAACUCCACAUCAUUAAGUUUGUGACAGAGUUUCAGUACGCUGGACUGGAAUUUAACAUCGAGGCCAGCUCUCUGCCUGUGGUUGUCAUCUCCAGUACCAAUCAGGUCCCAAGUGCCUGGGCCUCUGUCAUGUGGUACAACACGCUCUCCACCAGUGAACCGAGGAACCUGUCGCUGUUCGUCGACCCUCCUCCACUCACCUGGCAGCAGCUGUCACAGGUUCUGAGCUGGCAGUUUUUGACCGUUGGCCAACGGGAGCUCGACGAAAGCCAGCUCUCCAUGCUAAGAAACAAAGUUGUGGAUGAUACUGAUGGUCUCGUUCACUGGAGCAAGUUCUCCAAGAAUGAAAAUGCCUGGAUUUGGAUCGACGGAAUCCUGGAUUUGAUCAAAAAAUACUUGGCGGAUCUUUGGCAGGAUGGAUACAUCAUGGGGUUCGUGAGCAGGGAGAGAACAAAAGUUCUGUUGCAGGAAAAACAGACCGGGACCUUCCUGCUCCGCUUUAGCGAGAGCAACAAAGACGGAGCCAUCUCCUUCAGCUGGGUUGAGCACUCCAAUGGUGAUACCCACGUGCAUGCAGUAGAGCCCUACACCAAGAAUGAGCUGAUGUCCAUGUCUCUGCCACACAUUAUUUUCCACUACAGCCUGAGAGCCCAGAGGAGCAAGCACAGGAAUCCUCUGAUCUACCUUUACCCAGACAUCAACAAAGACACCGCCUUUGGACGCUACUACAACACCUCUGAAAUGUCGGCACCUAAAAAGCUCGUAUCUGGAUACGUUAACAGAAGACUCGUGUCCGUCUCAGAAAAUCCUACACCACCUUCGUCUCCACCUAGGGAGAGUCUGGAUAUGAACAUGAACAUGGAUGUGGACAUGGACAUGGAUGAAGACAAGACACUGGACAAUCGUCAAGUGUUACGGGAACUCUUCUCUGAUUUACUCGACAUACCUGAACUCCCGGAAUUAUGGCCAUCUUAUCAAGAAAUAUCGACACCAACUCAGACCGACUUUCUCGAUCUCAGUAGCUCCUUCUGAAAAUGUGCCGGCCUGCCGGGUCAUUGUGUCCGAGUCAGAAAGUUAUCACAAUGGGAAACAUUCAUCGAGUACGAGGAAUGCCUUCAGUGCAGGUGUCAGUAAUACAAUGAAAAAUAAGAAAACAGAACAAAGUCUCUUACUAUAAAAAUGUAAAAUGUCAUAAAAACAAUGAUCAAUGUGUAUGAACAUAAUUAUUUGAGGUGUAUAAAUGCAAAGACACAAACAAUGUUAAGAUGUUUAGACAGUGUAAGAGCCUGUGGUUUUCUACUGUACUGUUUAAAAGUGAACUUUAUAAGAUGAAAAGGUGCUGUGCAUUAAAACACCAUGCUGUACUGUA